AUGUGUCAAUCUUCAAUUCAUUCUGAAUUAGUCAUACAUCUGUUUUGUUUUCUGUUUUUCUGUUUUUGUCUCACUAAAUUGAGAGGAUCGGUUUUAUAUUGCAGAAAUCCAGUCUCUUCUUGUAAAAUCAAUUAUUGUGAACCAAAUAAUUCGAAAUGUGGCUUAAUCCUUCUGGGUAAUAGUGGUGCUGGUAAAUCAUUCAUAGCCAAUAUACUACUUGGUGAAGAUAGAUUUCAACAUGCAUAUCGACCAACAGCUGUCACACGCAAAACAGACUCUGCUGAAUUGACAAUCGGUGAUACAACCUAUGCUAUUUUUGAUAUUCCAGGCCUGAUCGAAGCUAAACAAGAACAAAUUGAUCUAAAUAAAACUGAAAUCGAAAAAGCAUUUCAACAGCGUCCACUAUCAAUUAUUUUAUUUGUUUUUCGUAGUUGUGGUGGACGGAUUUUAGAUGAAGAUCUCAUUGCAUUUCGAGCUAUAAAUGAAGCUUAUCAAUUUAAUUUAACCUCGUUGAUAUUUGUUCUCAAUAAUUUAGACCCAAAGCGCGACUCAGAGUAUGAAGGUCAAACAACUGCUCUAUUACAAGAAAUAUUAGAAUUAAAACAAAUUAAAUUAUGUUUUCUUGAUCAUAUCGAUGUUCGUGAUAACGAAGCACGAGAGAAUUAUCGUAAUGAGCUUGCUCUAUUCAUUCUUUAUUGUACACCAAAUACUCAUACAAAGCGUCAUCAAAUCAAACUACAUGCAGACAACAUGAAACAAUUAAAACAGAAAAUGAAACAAAUGCAGUUAGAUUUUCAAGAACAAAUUGCUUUGCGUCAACAAGAAAUUAAAGAGCUACAAAUAGAAUAUAAUACAUAUAAAAAGUCAAUUGAAACGGAAAUCAAUAAUUUGAAACAAAAACUGGCUCAAUAUGAAAAACAAAAAUCUAAUUGUAUCAUUUUAUAA